CCAGGAGACUCUGAACCAAAUGGUCCGCCGCACCGCCAGGGGGCAGCGCGGACGGACGAGGGAGCCCGAGCCAGAGACAGCGUGAAACGGGUCUGUGCGCAGCCAGGACGCCGAGCAUCCUGAAGCCCAGCUUCAACAUGUUUCCAUUCCUGGGGCAUGACCAUGCAGCUAGGCGAGGCCCUGGUGCUAGGGGUGGCCCUUUGCCUGGGGUGUGGCCAGCCCCUGCUGCAGGCCCCUGAACGCCCCUUCUCUGUGCUCUGGAAUGUACCAUCAGCACACUGUAGGGCCCGCUUUAGUGUGCAACUGCCAUUAGAGACCCUGGGCAACACAGCCAACCAUGGCCAGCGUUUCCACGGGCAGAACAUCACCAUCUUCUACAAGAACCAGCUUGGUCUCUAUCCCUACUUUGGGCCCAGGGGCACAGCUCACAAUGGGGGCAUCCCUCAGGCUAUGCUCCUUGACCGCCACCUGGCACGGGCUGCUUACCAGAUCCACCGCAGCCUGAAACCUGGCUUCGCUGGCCUGGCAGUGCUGGACUGGGAAGAAUGGUGUCCACUCUGGGCUGGGAACUGGGGCCGCCGCCGAGCCUAUCAGGCAGCCUCGUGGGCUUGGGCACAGCAGGUGUUCCCCCACCUGGACCCCCUGGAGCAGCUCCACAAGGCCCGUACUGGCUUUGAACAAGCAGCCCGUGCACUAAUGGAGGGCACACUGCGGCUGGGCCGGGCACUACAGCCCCGUGGGCUCUGGGGCUUCUAUCGCUUCCCAGCCUGUGGCAAUGGGUGGCGUGGUAUGGCUUCCAAUUACACAGGCCACUGCCAUGCAGCCGCCCUUGCCCGCAACACCCAACUGCAUUGGCUCUGGGCCGCCUCCAGCGCCCUCUUUCCCAGCAUCUACCUCCCACCCAGGCUGCCUCCUGCUCACUAUCAGGCAUUUGUUCGAUACCGCCUGGAGGAGGCCUUCCGUAUAGCCCGAGCUGGGCACCCACAUCCCCUGCCUGUCCUGGCUUAUGCCCGCCUCACACACCGGAGCUCUGGAAGGUUCCUGUCCCAGGAUGACCUUGUGCAGACCAUUGGUGUGAGUGCAGCACUGGGGGCAGCCGGCGUGGUGCUCUGGGGGGACCUGAGCAGCUCCAGCUCUGAGGAGAGGUGCUGGCAUCUUUAUGACUACCUGGUGGACACCCUGGGCCCCUAUGUGAUUAACGUGACCAGGGCGGCCAUAGCCUGUAGUCACCAGUUGUGCCAUGGCCAUGGGCGCUGUGCCCGGCGAGACCCAGAACAGCCGGAAGCCUUUCUACACCUGCAGCCAGAUGGCAGCCCUGGAGCUUGGGAAUCCUUCAGUUGCCACUGUUACUGGGGCUGGGCGGGUCCCACCUGCCAGGAACCCAGGCCUGAGCCUGGGCCUGAAGAAACAGAAUAAAGCCAGGAAUCACCUACCACAACCCUCUUGUCCCUGUUGCCAUUUGCUGGUCCUUGAGGAUUCUGUCCCACUCCUGUUCUAUUUAGCUUAGCCAGCCCUCCCAUAUACACAUCCUACUUCCCAUGGGGAGUGGAAAGGGCCAGAAAAAAACAUUUACACCAUGUUAAAACUAGAGGCCCUCUGAAAUAACCUGACCCCUUCUAAAAAGGAAGCAGUUCUGGGAGAGAGAGACAAGGUUGCAGAUGGUUAGGACUGCAGCCCAGGGCAGUGUUCCUACACAUCACUGGGUCCAUGGAGACAUCAAAGAGACCAAAGGGCAGGUGGGCCUCAGGAUCUUGACUAUGGUCUGUAUGUGCUAAACUGUUGUCUGUAUUUUGCCUUCAUCAUAAAUCACUUUUCUUUCACUGCCUGGGGUUUAGCUGUUCACUGUGUUGUCCCAAGCCCCAUGUUCAUCCAGCACUAAGUGUCCCACUGCAAGUGCGCAGAGGUGCGAG